AUGUUCAAGAAAGAUCCGCAAAUCAAGGCUUUAAGCAACUUGAAGAACUCAGAGCGCAAGAAAAUUCAGAGCCACUGCCAGACGCAAACAGAACUGGACAAAUAUGCAUUCCCAUCACAGGUGGUGAAGCAAACCACGUUCAAGACCCAGUUCACAGCUGGCACAGUUUUCACAGACGAAAGCAACGUUCCCAUCUGGUUUAAAGAAAAGUUCAGUGACUUGAUGUUCCCUACGGUGUAUACGUGCUGGAAAUGGCCUGAACUGCUUCCCAUAGUGUUGGCUCAUGAAUACGUGGUGGAGGAAAAAGUGGUGAAGGGUGCCAAUUUGAUGCUUCCAGGUACAGUGCCGCCAUUUGACCCCCGAUGUGUCAAAACUCGAAUGGUGGGAAUCGCCAGCACGCGCUCUCCAAGAGUCGUGAAAGCGGUGGGUAUCGUUCAGCUCAACCUACCGGCCUAUAGCCGUGUCAUUGGCGAGACAGGAGUGGCGGUCGAAAUUGUUCACACCUGGGAGGAUGGCCUUUGCAAAACGUUCAAGGCCAAGGUAGAGCCUCCAGAGCCCGGAGAAUCCGUGGAAUCUGAAAGUGAAGAAGAAGAACAAGAAGACGAGCAAGAAGACGAGCAAGAAGGAGGAAACGAAGGAGUGAUGGGGUCAGACAUAGAUGAAGACCGCGCAGAAAUGGGAGAGAUAUCAAAGCCAGAAAAACGAGAAGUUCAAUCUGUGGAUAUCGAGAGCAUGGCCGAGCAACUGGAGCAAUUGAGCACCGAAGACGUGGACCAUUUCUUCACCCGAUCUUUAUACUACACGUUGACGCAGGACCCCAACUUUCAUGUGCCAGUGAGCAGCUCGAAUUUUGUCUCGAACCACAUCUUACGCAACCUUCCGCCCGUCGAUCUUGCACAGGUGAACAUGAAAAGAACCUCGUGGCGUAAGACUGCCAAGUUUCUGAAGCAUUUUGAAAAAGAAGGGUUUUUGAAACUCAAGGGCAAAGGCGAUGAUUUGGUCGUUGUGGGCGCAGUCACCAAAGAAUCGAGGCCCGAACUGGCCAGUUUCGUACCAUACCGUAUAGCCGCUCCGGCUGGGGGCAGCAACACGGGAUCCAAGAGCUCCCAGGAUCAGGCCACUCCUGCUAUGAUGACCGCUGUAACGCUGUAUAAGCCCAACAGCAGUGCUAAAGACUUUUUAAGGGCCCUCGACCUAAAGAUCGAUCACCUUUUCACCCCGCAAGAGAUCAAGGGCGGUGUGGAUCGCUAUAUUGCUCAGAAAAAUCUUAUGAGCCCAGAAAACAAGUCUUGCGUCAAACUCGACGACGUGCUGUAUGCUGUUGUUAAUCGCGCCGCCAAGAAGGAAAACGCCGUGCGCAUCAUCCCAAGAGCGAAUAUAAUGAGCCCUAUCUUAAAGGGCAACUUUUCAGAACACUUCGUGGUUCUCAAGCCAGAUGGAACGCCUUUGUUCAAAAGCCCGCUAAAGGGUAGCAUUCCGACCGUACAGAUCAUCACCGAGAUGAAGAUUGGACGCAAGGUUGUCACCAAAGUCUCAAACUUCGAUAAAUUCCAGAUUGACGAGCAAAAACUGGCCGAAAUGCUACGAAAGAAAUGCAGCGGCUCCACCACUAUUGGUGAGACCGCCACAGCUCCCAAGACCUCAGAAGUUACGGUGCAGGGUCCUCAUGGACCCGCUGCAAUUGAAUUGCUCAAUGAUCAAGGCAUUCCAACCAAGUGGAUUAAUUUCGUCAACAAGUUGAAAAAGGGCAAGAAGAGAGGCGCCACGACCAGCAACUAA